AUUGCGCUCAGUUGGAGAGAGAGACAGAGAGGGGCCAAAGUGAGCUGGGCUCUAGCGAGGAGGAAAGAGACAGAAAGCGAGGAGAGACGCUUUCUUCAACACAUUUUUUUGAACCGACAGAGUUUUUGGUGCGCCCCGGAAAACAGCGCGCAAAUUCAUCAAACAUUUGCAGGUUUUUUUUUGGAGGGGCUUUGACUUCAAUCUAGUGUGUAGUGGAUGUGAAAAGCGGGCAGAGGUUUUUCUGAACACAGAGCCGGAGGAAUGUAUCCAACUCGGGCAGCGGCGGGCCAGCAGCGUCUCUGGAGAUGUCCAGCCUGCGCUCUCUGGGUCGCCCUGCUGCUCCAAAGCGUCCUGGACCUGAGCGCGUCUGGGUCUGAGUUUCCCCAAGACCCCAGCGUGCUCGCGGCCACUUCAUGGAACAGCUCUAGUGACGGACCCUUCUUCAUCCGUCUUGAAGCUCCCAUGAACAACAUCACCACGUCUCUGGGACAGACAGCCGAGCUUUUCUGUCGCGUGGCCGGCAACCCGCCUCCGACUGUGCGCUGGCUGAAGAACGACGCCCCCGUAGUGCAGGAGCCUCGGCGGAUCUCCUACCGGUCAACGCCGUACGGAUCACGCCUCCGCAUCCGCAACCUGGACACUACUGACACGGGCUACUUCCAGUGUGUGGCCACCAACACCCAGGGGACCGUUUCCACGACAGGAGUGCUGUUCGUCAAAUUUGAUCCACUCCCUACACCUCUGCCAGGAAGGCCGACGGCAGAAAUUGAUGAUGAUGGAUUCUGCCAGCCGUACAGAGGAAUAGCCUGCGCCCGCUUCAUCGGAAACCGCAGCAUCUUCGUUGACUCACUGCAGAUGCAGGGUGAAAUUGAAACACAGAUCACAGCCGCCUUCACCAUGAUCGGUACAUCCAAUCAUUUGUCCGAUCGGUGCUCCCAGUUUGCCAUCCCGUCCCUCUGCCACUUUGCCUUCCCGACAUGUGAUCGCAGCACGGGGACCGACAAACCUCGGGACCUCUGUAAGGACGAAUGUGAGAUCCUGGAGAACGACUUGUGUAAGACGGAGUACAUCAUCGCCCGCUCCAACCCAAUUAUACUGAAGAGGCUGAAGCUACCAAACUGUGAGGACCUGGCUGCCUCUGACAGCCCUGAGGCUGCAAACUGUCUGCGGAUCGGGAUCCCCAUGGCAGAGCCCAUUAACAAGAAUCACAAAUGUUACAACAACAGCGGGGCCGACUACAGAGGGACAGUCAGUAUGACCAAGUCGGGGCGUCAGUGUCAGCCGUGGAACUCCCAGUAUCCUCACAGCCACACCUACCUGGCCGUCCGCUACCCAGAGCUGAAUGGGGGACACUCGUACUGCAGGAACCCGGGGAACAAACAUGAGGCCCCUUGGUGCUUCACGCUGGACGAGGGGGUCCGCAUGGAGCUCUGUGACAUACCAAUCUGUGACCACAAGGACAAGUCAGGUGGCAGCAACAUGGAGAUCCUGUACAUCCUGGUUCCCAGUGUGGCGAUCCCUUUAGCCAUCGCUUUGCUCUUCUUCUUCAUUUGCGUGUGUCGCAACAACCAGAAGUCCUCCAGGCCUCCUGCGCCGCGACAGCCCAAACCGGUCCGAGGACAAAACGUUGAGAUGUCCAUGCUCACAACUGCAUACAAGCCAAAGAGUAAAGCCAAAGAGCUUCCUCUGUCAGCUGUGCGUUUCAUGGAGGAGCUUGGAGAAUGUAUGUUAGGGAAAAUCUACAAGGGUCACCUGUACCUGCCAGGCAUGGACCAGGCACAGCUCGUGGCCAUAAAGACUCUGAAGGACAUCUCCAACGCUCAGCAGUGGGGCGACUUCCAACAGGAGGCUGCAGUGCUGACUGAGCUGCAGCACCCCAACGUGGUGUGUCUGCUGGGUGUGGUCACUCAGGAGCAGCCGGUCUGCAUGCUGUUUGAGUUUCUGCCACAAGGGGAUCUCCACGAGUUCCUCAUCAUGCGUUCGCCGCACUCUGACGUUGGCUGUAGCAGUGAUGAGGAUGGUACGGUGAAAUCCAGUCUGGAUCAUGGCGACUUUCUGCAUAUGUCCAUACAGGUGGCUGCUGGAAUGGAGUACUUGUCCAGUCACUUCUACAUCCAUAAAGACCUUGCAGCUCGGAACAUCUUAGUAGGUGAGCAGCUCCACAUCAAGAUUUCCGACCUGGGCCUCUCCAGAGAGAUCUACUCCUCAGACUACUACUGCCUCCAGCCGAAGACCCUGCUGCCUAUCCGCUGGAUGCCCCCCGAGGCCAUCGCCUAUGGCAAGUUCACCACAGACUCAGACAUCUGGUCAUUUGGAGUUGUGCUGUGGGAGGUCUUCAGCUACGGUCUGCAGCCCUACUAUGGCUUCUCCAACCAGGAAGUGAUGGAGAUGGUGAGAAAGAGGCAGCUGCUGCCCUGCCCUGAGGACUGUCCACCAAGGUUUUAUGGUUUGAUGACUGAGUGCUGGCAGGAGGGACCGGCACGCCGACCGCGUUUCAAGGACAUCCACUCCCGCCUGCGAGCCUGGGAGGGCCUGUCAUCCCACGCCAGCUCCAGCACGCCGUCUGGUGGAGGAGGCAACGCCACAACUCAGACCACCUCGCUGAGCGCCAGCCCUGUCAGCAACCUCAGCAACCCUCGCUAUGCCGCCGCCGCUGCCGCUGCAGGGUACCUCUACCCGGCCCAGGCUAUCCCUGCGCCAGGGCAGAUGGCUCCGAUCCCAGCAUGGACACCCAUGGCUGUGCCCCAAACCCACCAACGUUUCAUCCCUGUCAACGGAUACCCCAUCCCUCCUGGAUACGCAGCCUUCCCAGCUCACUUCGCGCCCCCAGCUCCACCUACCAGGGUAAUCCAGCACCACCUGCCACCUCCUAAAAGCCGCUCACCCAGCAGCGCCAGCGGCUCCACCAGCACGGGCCACGUCAGCGGCGUUCCCUCCACCACAGGCUCCAACCAUGACGCCAACACGCCGCUGCUCUCCCACUGCAUCAUGCCGGGGAGCGGAGGAUCGGCUCAGAUGUACGGACAAGUUUCCCAGAAGGGGGUGGGACAACUGGAGCACGUUUCUCAAACAUCAGCGCUGCUCGCUCCUGACUCUGACGUGCUGAUGUACAACGACUCGGUCAUCACAGCAGACCUGUAGAUACAGAGAGGCAAGCUCGCUCUCUUUCUGCUUGGGACCCACAUCUGAGAAGUUUAGCCUCUCACACAGGGACCCAGUGUCACAGUUCUACUCUGGUCAUGUGAGACCCAAUAGAAACAGGCCUCUGUGCACAUCGGUGUGUGCAAGAAACACUGCCGCAGCUACACAAGUAUAUAAGCAGCUGUCUGACUUUGUAAUGCCUUACUGUUUAAAGCAAGUGUACUUACUAUUACGGUUUAAAAAUGUUGUGUUGUUAUUUUAACCUCUCUGUAAAUACAGUACACAAGUCCUGAAUGAAUGAAUGAAUGAAAUGCAAAGAUAUAUAUUCAAAAAGAACUUUUUAUUGAGAAAAACACUUUAAAGGUGAAAACGUAGCAAGUCCAUCCUGUGUCCUUAUGAAAUGGUUUUUGUAUUACAGUCACACAAAAAGCUCCUGUGCUGACGACCCGGCCGAUGGACUGUUUCAUACAGGAUAUCGAGGAGAUGCAAACAUUCAUGUGAUGACCUUUAGCUGCCUUUCACCAGUGCUGUGACUUGCUUGUCAGUGGACGUUCUAUAAAAACUACAAUAGCAAAGCGAGCAAAAAUGGGAACAGCAGACCAACACUGAGCUGCACAAAUACAACCAAGCAUACAGGUGACAUGCUCUGCCCACUGGACCCUGAAACUAAACUUGCAUUCAUCCAGACAUCCAGCUGCUGUGUGACUUCUGCCCAGUGAAGCAGCUGGAGUUUUUGUAAAUGCACUUGAGGCGCAGGUGACGAAUUGGCUAAAAUAUUCCUCCAGGUGCUGAAAAUCGGCAUUCACACUAAACCCUUUCGAAAGUGACAUCUGAAUGUUUUUUUUCCUGCAAUUUUACCAUGACUAUGUGAGACCUCUGCAACACAGACACCUGUUCUUGAUGCUCUGACUGUCUUCAAAGCUGCCCAGGUUGAGAAACAAGAAGGCUGGAAGUUUGUCUGAUCAUACAACAAACCCUUCAUCCAUCUUCCAAUCUCACUUCAAUCGUAAUUUCCUUCAAGGUAAAUUCCUUUACUCCUUUCUCAAGACAUACAGCAGCUAACUUCAAAGCUGCACACUCUGGACCCCCUGCAGAUCUACAAAUGAAAUCACACAACGCUCACAUCCUCCACGGUCUGAGGGCAAAUGCCUCAUUCACCGUGCAAGAGCUGGGGUCGGUUUUCACAAACUUUUUAAAAAUCUUAAUGAUUGAAUAUGGUGUAUUUAAUUUUCAGUUGAGUUUUUACAGUGUUCGAUUUUGAAGGAAGAAUUUAAAGAUCUGUGGAGGGCUCCUCUUUGUGUGCCUUUGUCCGUUCCUAUCCUGUUUUUUGCAUCUGCAUCGUGCAAAAAAUACAACUCAAGACAUGGAGGAAAGAUUUUAUUAAAAGGGUUAAAACAGACUUUUUAAAGUAGACAGUGUCACUGUUUUUACUUUGUAAGGUCUCAGCCAUGUACCAGCAAAAAAAAAUCCUGCUUGAUGUCCUUAUAAGUGUCGGUGCCUGAACAGAAGAAUGUCUUACCUAAAUAAGGAUUCGCUGUGUGUAACGUGAGAGUUUCAUGUAUGUUCUUUUAUUCAGUUCUGCAUCAGCAAAUGAUCUUUAUAAAACCUGGAGCCGACUGCAUCGACGUGCCGGUGAUCCCAACAAGUCGCUCAGCAGGUUUUAAACAUUCAGAGCAAAACUAAUAGCUGUAUUUAUAUUUUAACACACUCGGUGUCAAGCAGCAUCACGUAAUGUGUAUGGGUUCGAUGCAUUUGCUCCGAUAUCCUUUUGUGAUAUGAAGAAGUGUGUGUUUGGUAAAUGAUUAACUCUCUGUCCUGUAAUUACACAAAUGAUGCCUCCGCUAUCUGAGCUCCUGUUUGAUGAUGAUGAUGAUGGUUGAUUAGAGGCUAAAUAUGAAGCUUGUAUUAGUAAAAAAAAAAAGGGGGGGGGGGGGGUCACAGAACUCACAGUAAAGUUUUUGAUCUAAAUUUCACUAUCGGUACCUGUGUAGUCGACAAUCAUCAGUUGUUAAUCGGUUGUAUAAGUGUUCCUGGCGCUACGCCGUAUGUUUACAGACUAUCAUGUUAUCGAUCAGCUGUUUUUGCUCACCAAGCACACAUUUAGCAUGACACAUCAGCUUUUUACUGUGGACAUGCAGUACAAAGAGCACCAUGACGACGCCUCAUUGCCUAAAGUACUUUUUUUUAAUAUGGUAAAGUUUUAAUCUGACAUUUGUGGAAUGUAGAUAGUAGGAGCUGUAAUCUGUUCACUCCACCUCUUAAAAAGUCCCUCCUAUCUGGUGUCACUAUGAGAUAACAGCAGCUGCUUGAGUUACCACAAAAUUGAAACAAAUCCUUUUUAGAGAUCAGGUUAUUCUAUACUUUGCCCCAGAAAAAAAUGCAUUCACACCAGAUAUGGUCAACAGAGAAGCUGAUUGUUAUGUGUAAUAUGAAGGGGGUGCUCUUGUUUUCAUCUUUGGAUUUGUUCCUCAUGUGAAAUCCAGUUAUUUUAAUAAUUUGAAGUCAUUUUUCCCGUUGAUUUUUUUAUUUCACGGCUGUCUUUUGUCAUUGCUUCAAGUGUUUCUGUGAAGCAGACUGAGCUACCUAGGCAUCUGAGUUUGUACAUGUGACCUCCAGCAUGUAAAUGAUGUAUGAGUACUAACAUAGCAGUGCAAAAACCACUUGUACACAAGACUGUGAAACUUAAUCAAGUCUAGGUAUUUUUGUAUUUGGCAAAAAGAGCAAAAUCAUUAUUGUGCCUUUUUUGUUUUUUAUCCUAGAUUUUUUUUUAAAGAAACAACAUACAAUUAAUUUUAUAUUUCAAUAACAGUGUACCCUUUACUGAAGGUUCACAUGCAUAUUGACCAAGAGAGGCCUUGUCUUUGUAUUUUGUCUGAAUAUUUUUGCACAGAUGUUUUGUAUUGCAAAAUCAUUUAUUAAAAUGAUGUUGUUUGAUUAA